CUGCAAAAUGAUGCCGCCGGUGCUUUUGCAGGCAGGCUUGCAGUACAGACCGCGCGCCCGCGCACGCGCUUGUCAGUGUCAACCUGUCAGCCUUGCCUUCGCUACCGCUGAAUGGGAUGGGGCGGAGGAAGGUUAACGACAGUUCAGGCCUUCAAUACAUUAGCCACCAGAAUACAUUUUGAAAAGCUUGCAACAAUUGAAUUGGAUCACGCUCGGGCCUACCCACGGAGUCAAACAUGAAAUGCCAUUCAACCCUAAGGAUAGGUAGCUAAAUAUCUAUCGUAGGUAGGAUCGGGUACAAUCACCUGGGCAUUUCAAGACAGCCUGCCCACGUCCGUCGCACAUCUCGCCAAGAUCAAUCUCUACCCCCUGCCUCUUCGACAUCGCCUUCUUCAACGUAACGCCACCGACAUCGCAAGCCGUCGCUAUGGCGCCCUCUGCCGUCGAUACUCCAAUGGCUCCUCUGCCCGUGCGAGAGGAGAAAACUUAUCCACCCGCACGCAUCUUCAACGUCAAGGAGACCAAGUUCGAGAAGUUUGUCGCUCCUCAGCCCGAUGGAAGAGAGAAGGCCCUUGCACAGCCAGCCGGAUCGGCCGCCAUAGUCAUUGAUAACGGUUCGUCCGCCGUCCGAGCUGGUUGGUCCUUCGAAGCCGCUCCCCGAUUCAGCAUACCACCGAUUAUGGCGAAAUACAGAGACCGGAAACUGGGAAAGACAUAUUCGUUUGCCGGAUAUGAUUGCUAUGCCGACACUAAUGCCAAAGGACACAUUCGAAACGCCUUCGAGUUAGGAACAGGUAUAGUCACAAAUUGGGAUGUCGAGGAGCACGUUCUAGACUGGACCUUUUUGAAGCUUGGCAUGAAUAAUGGCGAGGGCUCUAUCGACUUGCCUAUUGUCAUGACCGAAGCUGUCGCAAAUCUACCAUAUUCGCGGAAGUCCAUGAACGAGAUAAUAUUUGAAUGCUACGGUGCACCAUCUCUCGCCACCGGAAUUGAUUCUCUGUUUUCAUAUCGGUAUAACAAAGGACGGACUGGCUUGGUCGUGUCAUCUUCGUACAGCUCGACGCAUGUCAUACCCGUCUACAAUUCUAAGGCCAUGCUAGCUCAGGCCAUUCGCCUGAACUGGGGUGGAUGGCAUGCUUCAGAGUAUCUCUUAAAGCUAAUUCGACUGAAAUAUCCAGCCUUCCCCGGCAAGCUUAAUGCUUCGCAGGCUGAGAAUAUGGUGCGCGAUCACUGUUAUGUGUCAAAAGAUUAUAACGACGAGUUGCGGUCAUAUCUAGACUGGACGGGAUUAGAAGACCGGGAUGUGGUUAUUCAGUAUCCAUUCACGGAAGAGGUCGUCGUCCAGAAAAGCGCGGAGGAACUAGCACGGGUAGCGGAGCGCAAGAAGGAGAGCGGCCGGCGAUUACAGGAACAGGCAGCCAAGAUGCGCUUAGAGAAGCUGAUGCGAAAAGAGCAGGAGCUUGAGUAUUAUAAGAACCUGGCAGAGAAGCUUUCAGAUGCAAACAAGAAGGAGACAAAACGCCUACUUGAUGCAGAGGAGAUGAAGGAUGAGGCGCAACUCGAGCGCACCAUCAAAGAACUCGAGAAAUCGAUCAAACGUGCCAGGACCAAAGACGUUGGUGGAGAUCCCGAAGAAGAACAAGAGGCUCCCGACUUCAGCUUGCUUGAAGUUCCCGAUGAGGAGCUAGAUGAAGCAGGCCUAAAGGCCAAAAGACAUCAACGACUUUUGAAGUCAAACCACGAUGCACGGGCUCGUGCAAAGGCUGAAAAAGAGGCUGAAAAGGCGAGAGUAGCUGAAGAAGAGCGAUUGGAUCGAGAGCGCCGGGAAAACAACUUGGAAGCUUGGCUAGAAGAGAAGCGGAUAGCUCGAGAAAACACUUUGCAGAAAAUCAAGGAGCGAGAGCGACUCAAGGCUGACCUUGGGAAUCGUAAGUCGCUGGCUUCCCAGAUGCGUAUGAAAUCAAUCGCAAACCUCGCUUCGGAUAACCCAAGGGGUAAGCGUCGGCGUGGGGGCGACGACGACAAUUUCGGUGCUAAUGAUGACGAUUGGGGUGUAUAUCGACAGAUAGCAGUCGGUGAAGGCAGCGAUGAUGAGGAGGGCGAGGAGGAUCUUGGUACCACUCUCAACACGCUCGAGGAAGAGUUACUUCGAUACGAUCCGAACUUUACGCAUGAACAUACCUGGGCGGCGCAGAACGACUGGAACAAGAGUAUGCUACAUGCUUUCAUGCGUGGGCCGCGACCUUUCAACGCCGGCUCGCAGGCCGAAAUUCACCAGAUACAUCUCAAUGUUGAGCGUAUAAGGGUUCCCGAAGUUGUGUUCCAACCAUCAAUAGCAGGCGUCGACCAGGCUGGUCUCGUCGAGCUGAUUGGAGACAUUCUUAAUCAAAGGCUAGUUGGGUUGACUGGAGUCAAUCGAGACGACUUCCUCCGCGACAUUUUCUUGACUGGCGGGAACACACUCUACGAGAACUUUGACUACCGGCUACGGCAAGACCUUACACCCCUUCUACCAGCCGACUCACCUUUGCAAAUCCGAAGAGCUAAAGACGCAUUGCUAGACGCAUGGCGAGGCGCUGCACAGUGGGUUGGGACGGCGGCGUGGAAAUCAGCCACAGUCACCAAGGCCGAGUAUCAGGAGAAAGGACAGGACUAUCUCAAAGAACAUGACAUGGGCAAUUCGUACCCAUAAUGAAUGAAACGAGCGAGGAAACAAUUCUUUUCUCUUCUUUCAUCACACCGACAGAAAAAAAGCUUUCGGACACGCAGUCUUCGGGGAAUAAAAAACUUGGCAGGCGCAGUAGGACUUUAUACAAUGAUAUGAUGGGCGUUGUAUUAUUUAGCUAAUUUUUUUUUUUACAUUGUCGUGACCAUUUUCCUUUUUAGGAAAGAGAGGGUGUGAGGUUUGUUUUUUUCCUUUUUCUUACUAGACGAACCCCGAGGAGAAAGAAAUAACGAAAGGAAAGAAAAAAAAGCAGCAGAUCACACUAGCUUCACGAUGUAGUAUUAGUAUUAGUAAGACGAUGCAAAGAAAACAGAGAAGAUAAAAUAAUACUAUCAAGGCUACUAACUAGAACAAAUAGAAAGAAGAGAAUAAGAAAAGCCUACUGUCAGUGUAAGUAAGACAGUAUUCACAUGCGCAGAUAGGGAUAGGCUAUGAGAUGAGUGUAACGA